AAGGCGGAAGAAGCUCCCGAGCCCAAGCCUACAUCGCUCCGAAAGAUUCAGAAGUGAUAAUAGCCCCCUUACGAAGGACUGUGAUAUGGCGGGGGUUAAAGCCCUGGUUGGCUUAUCAUUCACUGGAGUCAUCGGCCUGACGUUUCUUAUGUUGGGAUGUGCCCUAGAAAAUUAUGGUGUGUAUUGGCCUCUAUUUGUUUUGAUAUUUUAUGCCAUAUGUCCUAUUCCUCAUCUUAUUGCAAAACGCGUAAGUGAUGAUACAGAUGCUGCAAGCAGCGCCUGCAGGGAAUUGGCAUAUUUCUUAACAACUGGAAUUGUGGUUUCUGCCUUUGGACUUCCUAUCAUCCUUGCACGAGUUGAAGCGAUCAAGUGGGGAGCUUGUGGCCUUGUACUAGCUGGAAAUUCAGUCAUUUUUCUGACCGUUUUAGGCUUUUUCCUCCUGUUUGGCAGAGGAGAUGAUUUUAGCUGGGAACAGUGGUAGCUUGCACAUGAAGCUUAUACACAUCUUAUGUAGCUUUACUAUGAUACAGAGCUUAUAGUACACUGGUCUUAUGUGUGUAUGUGUAUAUACUAUGUAUAUAUGUGCAUAUGUUGACUACAUAUGCAUAGCCUUACAGUCUUGGUAGCUUUUCUAUUUGAAUAUUGGCUAACAUAAGGGAAGUUUAUGGGAUUUUAAAUCACAGUGCCUAAAAUUAUGCCCUAAAUAGUUGUUUGUACAAAAUGAAAGAUUGUAUCUAGUCUGAGCUGUGCUUUAUUAAGAUGCUGAUUUUUAUGCUACUAGUUUUAUCUUUAACACUAAGCAACAAACUGACCAUUUAGCUUUAUCAUUGGAAUUGUCUGUAUUCUAACUAUAAAUGUGUUCCCACUGUUGUUCUGUAUAUUCUAUUGUCUUUGAAGUUGUCUAAGGUGGUUUUACUAUAUAGUAUUGUAUAUGUUCUAUGUUUUAAAGAACUCCAAAUUCUUCUAUGUGAGCUAUCAGGCAAAAUAAACAUGCUAAUUUACAUGCAUAACUUAUUUGGGGAUAGGAUAAGAAGUUGUACAAAGCACUAACGCUCUCACCUGUUAAUGACUAGAAACGCUGUUCAGCUGUUUCUGUUUUCUGAAGCCCACCAAGCAUUACACUUACACUUUCAAGCAUACUUUUGCAGCUGUUUUUACAGUUAUGUACUAUUCAAUUAGUGAAGGCAGAGAUUCCCAAGAGGAGAUUUUGCACAUAUCAAACUCUCUGCUAAUACCAGGAGGGCAUGUGGUGCUAGUUAUAUGUUCCAGAGUCAUCUCCUUGGAAAUAAAUGACAAUUUAUUUUUUAAAAAAUAAAAGACUAUUGAUGAAUAUUUUUCAAUGGAUAUAGCCAGUUUGUUGUUUCACCGUGACUGCUCCAGUGAACCACAGUCUUUAUAUGAACAAAGGCAAAUGUUAUUUGAUAAACCUGCAGGGUUGUAAAUCAGAAUAUGCCUUACUAUUUCACUAUUAACUCAUGAUUAAUAAAUGACAUAAUUCCACUUUUUGCCCUCAAGAAACAACCUAUUCAGUGUUAAGAUAUUCCUUGCCAGAAUAAAUAUGGGCUUCCUAGGGUUAUACUAACAUUUUUACAAACAGGCAGUUGAUGGAGGGAAAUGAAAUUAAGGUCCGCAGUUCCUGUCUUCACCUCAUUUUACCUUCUGCCUCCUGUAUCUUAAGGGUUCAUUUAGAUGGAAAAAACUUUAUGUAGAGGUGACCCUAGAUAUUGCUCAACUGGAUGCCUUAGUUUUAUUUCCAUUCCUUUAUCAAGUUAAAAUGAGUUGUAGAAAAUACCUGACAGGAAUCUUGCCGAGAGUCUUUUUAAAAAUCUCACGCUGCCUAGAACUGUAAAACUUCCAAAAAUUUUGAAGCAAUGGGGGAAACUGGGUGGGUUUUUUUUCUGUUUUAAGGGGGGGGUAAAAAUGAAAAGUAUAAAAUACUUUUCUUUCAAAUCCAAACAUAUUUUAUUGCUUUAACAACAAAGUGCAUCAUUUAUAGUAUAUGAAAUUGAAACACUAGACAUUUUUAUGUAAGUUUAAAGUAUAUAUGGUUUUCAGUGAAGUCCAGCUCCGACUGGAGUAACUCUGCUUAGGAUUUCACUGUUAGUCUUCUCUAAGCAAAAUUGCCAAUGUACUCAGUACCUGAGAGAGCUGCAGACUGCUAUACCCUAUAUUAAUGUAGUACAUGUAUCCUAAUUUUUGUAAUCUGAGAGGUAGGAAACAAAAAUAGAAAAUUUUGCAGUAAACAAAAUAGCCUAUUAUUUGGACAGAAACCGUCUAUACAGUCACAGUAAAUAUCCAGGAUAUUUGAAUAUCAAGUUAAACUUCAUAACAUUAAAGACACUGAUGAAUAAUUGUCAGACACAUUAUAGCAUUUUAAUUGUUGCCAAAAUUAUUCAUAUUUAAAAAUAAAUAUAUCCUUAAAAUAUAUUUGUCUACAGUAUACAUGAUUAUCAUUACCUAGUGCUGUACAUUGUCUUAUAUAAAAAAUCCAUUCUACAAAUUUUGAAUGAGUAAAACCUUGAAUUUAUUUCACCCAUUCCAAGAGAGUCUUUUUCAGUGCUCCCCAAAUUUCCCAGUUUUUCCAUCAGUAGACAAGUAGGGAUAGAGUCCAUGGUGGAAAGACAUAAAAAAGCUACAUGCACUCCCUGGAAGUUUUCAGUUUUUUUUCCUGGGCCUUCACAUCUGUAGCCCUGUCAAAACUGUCACUUCCUCAUAAUUUAGUCAGUGCAAAUACUUUAAGCUAAAGACUUAUUAUCUGAAGUUUCAAAAAUACUCUGUUAAAAUGAGAAUGCAUUUAUCCAGUUUAUUACUAGGAGAAACCAUGCUGACAUUGUUUGUAUUUUCUUAUGAAGGAUUACCUUUUUGGUAUAUGGAAUCUCAAAUAGCUAAGUAAUAAUGAAAGGAUUAGAACACUUACCUAAUUAUUAUUCCAGCCCUUAAACUGUGAAAUAUAAACUAUAUAAGUACUAGCACCCAAGCAAAUUUGUAUUGGAGCACUGUGAGUUUAGAGUUUUCCAUGAAGAAUAAGGUCUGAAACAGUAACUGUAAGAGAUGUUGAGUUUUUUUGCAUAAAACUUUUCACAAAUUAAAACAAAAACUCUGGAAUUGUUAAUCUUACAGAUGGACAGGUCAAUUUCUGUCACAAACAACCAUGGGGGUGGGCAUAAGUGGGAUGAAUCCAGACUUUUCACAGGGUAUCAGUGGCAUUGGCUGAUGGUACCAAACAUUAAUUUAGUAGGUGCAUGCUGUCUGCUGCUGCAUGUGAGGAUCUUUGGGCUACAUCUGAUGAGCUGAAUUGUAUCUUAUAAGUUGGGACCAAAUUGGAGUGAUGUAGGUUUUUAUUUUUAGUAGCAAACUGCCUUUUGGUGCAAUGCUAUGACAUUGCAUAGUCAGUGUAGGUUUCAGGCUGCCUUUAGUUGGGUAUUUAGCUCAUUUUGCCAAAGAGCUGAUAUAACUGUUCUGUAGCAGUAGUGCAGAACCAUUUUAAUGACACAGUUUGUAAAGUAUUCAGAGUUUUAAAUCACUCAGGGCAACUAUGCAAAGUAUAGACAGACUUAAAAAACAGGCAGGCAGUGUUACCCAGAUUUAUAAGUAAUAAUUUUCUAGUUGCUAUGCUUGUGUGCAACAGAGAAGACAAGACCUAAUCUUACUUUUUAAAAGAUUUUUAUCCUAUCCUUUUUUCAUGGAGUACUUGCUUCUCUCCCCCUCUCAUCCUGCCAAGGACGUUUGACUGAAACGUUGUGACUGGCCCAAAGUCACCCACUUGCCCAAAGUCACCCACUGGCCCAAAGUCACUCCAUGGUGGAGUGGGAACUUGCAUCUUAGUCCCCCUGUUCCUAGUCUGACACACUAACCUUCACAAUAUGUGCGAUCAAAUGUCUUUCACAAACUGUUACGUUCACUCAUCUUUCAAACAUCUUGAACACUAUUCUCAACACUUGAUUCUGGUUAUAUGUGAAAUGGUAAACAAGUUGAAACUUGCAUUGUAAAUGUUGCUACAUGUGGAAGGAACAAAAAAGAAAGAAACAUGGUUUUGCCAUUGGUUUGUUUUAUAAGAACCAUUUUCUUUACUUACCCGAUACAUGCUACAGCAUUGGAUCUUCCCAAAAUGGUAGAUAAUGCUAGGAUUGUUAUUUCUAGUGAAUACCAAAUCACCGCUUCUAUCUUCAUAGGGGAAGCAUGUGUUCUCUUAUCCACUUGAAUGGCACAUGGCAUGUGUUAAGAAAUAGAUGCAUUACUAAAGUAAAAUUUGCAAGAGUCUGAUGCAGAUCAACUUAGAAAGUAGUCAUUCUGUCAGUAGUUGUUAACAGUCAUUUACAUAUAGUGGUUUUCAUAACAAUGCUGUAAACUUACUCAAAAGUGCCUUUACCCUAGAGUUACUGUGGUCAGGAGAAAGCUUGUGCAUGUACUUCUACACUCUAAUUUUUUAAAGGCUUUGUAUUCUCUUUGUUGACUAGCUUUUUAUGAUUCGGAGUGCAUAUAGCAACUGUUAAAAGUUUUGUAAUCCAUAUUGAAGUAUUUACUGAAAUCACUUAAUUUUACACUUUGUAAAUGGAAACAUGUUUUUGUUUUUUCAAGUUCUAAUAAAAUUAUACUUUGAUGUUU